AUGGGUCUGUCGUCAAGGUGCGGAUGCCGGUGCGAAUGCGUCACCACCACCACCCACGGCGACGUCGUCCGCAACCGCAACAACGAUGUUGCCCCCGACGCCGUCUUGGAGGGCCUCGCCGUGGCCGGCCUCGUGGCCAUCCUCCGCCAGCUCGGAGACCUCGCAGAGCUUGCCGCGGAGGUGUUCGACGACAUGCAAGACCAAGUGAUGGCCGCGUCGGCGCGAGGGCGACGGCUCGCCGUGAGAGCCAAGCGGCUGCUGGAGGCCGACCUCGACAUGCCUCCGCCGAAGUCGACCCACAACUCUGCGGCUGCUCUCACCUUCACCACCUCCAGCUCCGGCCGUCUCGGCUGCCGCGCGCAUGUCAGAGGAGGAGUCGGCGGAGGCACGCCGCCGAUGCCGCGUCUCGUCGUCCAACGUAUCAGGCGCUGUCGCGGGCCUCCCAGGCUGUCACUCCUUGACAAGUUUGAUGCUUCUGGCGAGGGAGCGUGCCUCAAGAGGUACACCGAUCCCUCCUUCUUCUUCAGGGCCCAUUCUGCCAGGCUUGAGCAAGGCACGCUGAGAGUCAGAGCAAACCGCGGACCAUAUCUGAAAUCCAUGUCCAUGGAAACCAGGCCCAAGAUUCAUAUUGCACUCAACUCUGAACCUCCCGAGUCAGCCCACACUGUCACUGACUGCAAAUCAGAAACAGAAACAGAAACAGAUGCAUCCGAAGCGCCGUCUCCUGGCUUCCUCUCCAUGCUCCGACAGCUGAAGAAGCAGCAUCGGCAGGCAGCAGGUGCCGGGUCCCUCUUCCGAAUGCAGCAAGCAGUUGACAGGGUCCAGUCUUCACCUCAGCUCAACACGGAAAAGAAGCUGCAAGGCGGCGGCACAGCGCAGCCCAGCCCCAGUGAGCUCGAGAGGACGAGCUCUUUCGAGGCAUGGCUCGCUCCAGAUGCUCGCCGCUUGACUACUGCUACUCAUCAUCACGAGCACGACGAAAUCAUCACACAGGAACCACCCCAUCCCCAUGGUGCUAGUGCUACUACCUGUAGUGGAUCCGUCAGUGAUGUUGUUACCACAUCAAUUGGUGCCCUUAGCAGCAGUACCAUGCUGAAGGCGAAGCAGAAUUCAGAAGAUGCAGAAAUACCCUGCAGCAAAAGUUCGAGUAAGAGGUCGAGGAGCAGCGUUGAGAUGAUCGCCUCAAGAGUCAGCAGCUUGCCGAGGAAGCUCUUCAUGAACAUCAAGCAUCACAACGACUGCUCGCGCUCUGAUCCUGCAGGUACUAGCCUCCGGAUGAGCCAAGCCCAAGCCACAGGCAUUGGGGAUUGCAGCCCCGAACUUGAAGCCGUCCCCACCCCAAGAGAGGCUUUUCUGCCUAUACUGGUUCAUUCUGAUCCAGUAUAUUCGAGUAUACAUAGCCUUCUGCCAGAAAAUGACAAGUGCUCCUAUCUGCAGCACCAUGAAAGCCUAUCUUGUAAUGCGUUGGUAGAUGCAGAGAGACAUCACCAACAGGAAGACCCUUCCGCAGAUAAAUGCAGUAACAGUAACAGCAGCCCUCCUGAAACCAUUGGAGAUCCUACAUGUACAACACCUGACUCCCAGAACCUGCUGUUGCCAGGAAGUCUUGUUCUGAAGCGAGCUGGUGCUUUGCCUGAGAAUCCUUGUUCUGAAGAUGCCAAAGUAGAUACAACACCGCCACUUCCGCCUAUUCCACCGAUGCAGUGGCUGUCGGAAAGAGACCAUACAGGGACUCAAGCCCCAUCUCCUAAACACAGAGCGCUUUGGAAAAAAUCACUGGAGGUUACUGAAAUGAUUCAGGCAAUAAGACAGGCGCAUAGCCAUAGCAUCCAGAGUUCACCGGUGGACACGGAAGAAACGCUGGAUUCUAAUGAGCAUACUAGUGCCAAUGCCUCUCAUAGAGAUGAAAUGAAAUGUUCUGAAGAAACGAGGCAUCCACAUCUAUUCCGAGUCCGAGAAGAUGCUGUGCAGGCUUCAGAAGGCAAUGUUCUCAAGGCUGGAGAGUUCCCUGUGCCUGCAAUACUUUCAGACGAGGCCUGGUCUGAGAUAGACAUACGGACGCAGGCACAAGCAGACACAUGUUUCCAACAACAAGGCAGACAGCAAUUUGGUAGUGGACAUUCUGAUCAUGGUUCAACAGAGAAGCGAAGCGAAGAGCACGAGGCUUCAGAUAGCAGCAGCAAUCUGCAGAACGAGAGUGUAUUCUUCUCUGCGGUACAAGAGCUAGCGAAGAUGUCCCCUCCUCCUUCAGUGCCAAGGCCCAAAUAUUCACUGCUUGAUGCUGGAUCUCACGGCAGGAGCACGCUACGAAACGGUCCAAGCCUGAUCCAUCCUUCAAGAAACAUUUUGGACAGCAGGAGUGUACUGAUAAAGCAGAUAAAAGACAUUGCAAUGGCCGGCAAUCCUUCUUUUAAACUGAAACCAGUUUCUGGAGCGAGCUCUCCUCAGUCUCCUGUGACCGGGAGUCCUGCCAACUCUAAGGUGGCAACCAUUCUACAGAGAGCAGAUGACAUUCGUCAGGCUCACGCAGAUAGCAACGAUGUUGACAGUGAGGAAAGCUGGAGCGAUGACAGUGAAUGA